AAGGGCCAGACAGGUUCUGCCCACUACACUCUCGUUUGCUUCCCUGCUCGCUUGCUUCGCAGCGCCACAGCUUCCGCUCCUCCCGACCGGGCAGGGCAGGACAGGGGCUGCCUGGACAGAGGGGGCUGCCCACCACCACGAUAUGACGGCGGCCCCCACAAAGCCGCGCGCGCUGCGGCGGCUCUCUCAGCUCCACGAUGCCAAGAGCCUCGGGCGCGACAAGGAACUGGCGCGGCGCCUCCAGAAGGGGUCGGCGGAGCCCUCGCCGCAGUCGUACAAAGAGCAACCGAGAUCGCCCCCCGGCGGCCGGUUUACCGGGAAGGCGCCGCGGCCGGCGCCGAACGACGGCACGUCGCCCGGCCGCACCGCCGACGCGUACCGGGCGGCUGACGCGCUCGACCUCGUCGAGGGCAAGGGUUCGCGCAUUCUGAACCCGCCUAAACCGAGCGGGGCCACCUUCGGCGGCCGCGGCGCGGACCUCUUCUCCAUAAAAGACGGCCCGGGCCCCGGCGCCCACGACGUCCGUGCCGCGGACGCGAGCCAGCGGGCCGUCUGGCGGCAAAACAAGCUGGCAUCGACCGCCUCGAGAUUCCAUGCGGACGAAAUCGAGGCGCAAAGAGAUGCUGUGGGUCCGGGGCCGGCAGCAUACGACACCUACGUCCCGUCGUUGGCGCCGAAGGCAACUCUGGUUGGACGAGAGGGCCUGAAAAGCUUCAGCGAGGCCAAGAUCGAGGAGCAGAAGUGGACGCCCGGCGCGGGCGCCUACGACACAACGACGCCGCUGUCACAAGUGGGCGGGGCCCUCGGCCGCGAGAAGAGGGGCGGCGCCUUCGCCGGAGAGUCUGACGGGCCGGGCCCGGGCGUGGACGCCAUGCCGAGCUUCCUCGCCAGCGUCGCCGAGACGCAUAGCGUUUCUUUGCCCGGUGCGUCCCACGAGACACCGCUGCCUGGCGCCGCCGCGGUGCUAGCAGCACGGCAGGCGGUCGGCGAGAGCCCUGGGCCCGCCUACGACACCGCGCAUGCGUAUAACGCGACGCAUAAAGCGCCGGGCGGAAUAUCAAUGCGACCCCAGCACCUCGUGGCGACGCCCCUCGACCGCAAGAAACACCCUUCGCCGCGCUUCGCGUCGCCGAAGGCGAUCACCGCGCGACCACCGCCGGCCUUCAAGCCGCCCGCGUUGCCGAAUGCUCCGUCUGGGACGCGGUUCCGCGUCGCGCCGACGGCCGGGCGGGCGACGCGGCGCGAGUACCGGAGGCGCUACCUCGCGUCGUUCCGCGCGUGCCGCGACUCGGCAAGGGCGUACGAUAGCGAAUCCAUCAAGGCCAGGGCAAGCGGCCGUGACUUCGGCAGCGAAGGGCUCGGCUUCGCGACGCGGCGGCCGCUCCAGCCGACGCGCGGCGCCGAGGCCGAGCGCGCGGCCCGCCUCGCCAAAAAGCUCUUCGCGCCGGACCCUGCCUUCAAGCCGGCGCGCAUCGCCACGAUUUCCAAGGACGAGGCGCGGUUCUGGGCCGACGGGAUCUACGACGUCUACCGGCCGCCGCGGUCCGACACGAUGCGGCCCGACCCGCCGCCCCCGCCCGUCACGAUACCGCCUCCGCGCGAGGACGAUGGCGCCCUAUUUUUCGACGGCGUCCGCGCGCUCCUCGACGACGCGUACCGCGCGCGCCUGGUGAAGCGCCGGCCGCUGGAGCCGGAAAGGGGCGCGGACCACGGUGUCGAGGUCCCGCCCACGACGUGGGAGGCCCGCGACCUCGUCUUCCUCGACGACGCGCGCGAGCGGCCGACGACUGAUGUUGAUCCUGGUGGGGUAGUCGCUUCAUAA